GCGGCCAAGUUGGUGCGGUUCCACGGGAAUUUGGCGGCCGCCUGGCUGGCGCUGGACGCAGACCUCUCCGGCUCCAUCUCUCUCAAGGAGAUCGAUGAGGAGGCCAAUGAGUGCCUGGUGGAGUUCAAGCGCUGGGCAGAUUCUGAGUUCGGGGGGGUGCACAGCACCUUCAAGGUCCUGGACUCCGAUGGGUCCGGGUCCCUGAACUUCAGGGAGUUCAAGGCGGCCUGCAGGACUUAUGGCUUCACUGGAGACUGCACCUUGGCGGCCUUUGGUGAGCUGGCUGUCCUGUUUCUGUAG